ACACCUACUACAUUACUUUUGGUCAAGCACACAGCAGGAGCAUCACAGUCGCAUUUCUCUCAGUCUCAAGAAAUCUGCACAGAAAUAAGAUCCAGCAUGUCGGACAGAAAGGCAGUGAUCAAGAAUGCGGACAUGUCUGAGGAGAUGCAGCAGGACUCUGUGGAGUGCGCAACACAGGCGCUCGAGAAGUACAACAUCGAGAAGGACAUCGCCGCCUACAUCAAGAAGGAGUUCGACAAAAAGUACAACCCCACCUGGCAUUGCAUCGUGGGGAGGAACUUCGGCAGCUACGUGACUCACGAGACCAAACAUUUCAUCUACUUCUACCUGGGUCAGGUGGCCAUCCUGCUCUUCAAAUCGGGCUGAGCGACGGCACCCAUUCAUUUCAACAGACCAUUAUGAACUGACUGUACUGACGAGGCGAACCAUUCCUGCACUGGACCUGCCUUCUUUCUCUCGGCUGCUUCUCCUUUUGUUCUGAUUAUUGUUUAGAAAAAGCCCGUGUGAGCGGGAAAUGCCAUAAAGAAACACUUGUAUUUAUUUUUGUUUUCUAUACAUGGUUUGAGCGUUUUGUCACCUGCGUUUUUUUUUUAAUUAAAGCAAAAUGGUUUGGCUGUUCGCCUAGAGUUUCUUGUCUUCAGGAUGUGAGAAGGUUGAUGGUGCGGCGUAUAAGGAGUCAGUGGUUCUCAAACUUUUUGACUUCUAAACCCUCCAUUGCCCAAAACAAUUUCCCAUUUUUUUCAAAACUAGGAAACAGAAAUAGUAUUGAAGGAGGGAAAAGAAAAAUAUGUGAU